AGUUCGCCGGCCCGGGAAAAGUGGCGGAGCCGCCGGGUUGCUUCGCGUGGCCUCCCGGGCGCCGAGCCGGUCGUCGGCGUCAUGAAGAUCUGGACAUCGGAACACGUCUUCGACCACCCUUGGGAAACAGUCACAACAGCUGCUAUGCAAAAAUAUCCAAAUCCUAUGAAUCCGAGUGUCGUUGGAGUAGAUGUAUUGGACAGGCAUGUAGAUCCUAAUGGGAAGUUGCAUAGUCACAGACUUCUCAGCACAGAAUGGGGAAUGCCUUCCAUUGUAAAAUCGCUAAUUGGUUCAUCAAGAACAAAAACGUAUGUUCAAGAACACUCUGUAGUUGAUCCUGUGGAGAAAACAAUGGAGCUUAAGUCUACCAAUAUUUCAUUUACAAAUAUGGUUUCAGUAGAUGAGAGGCUUGUAUACAAACCGCACCCACAAGAACCAGGAAAAACUGUUCUGACUCAGGAAGCAAUAAUCACCGUGAAAGGAGUCAGCCUUAGCAGUUACCUAGAAGGAUUGAUGGAAAACACUAUAUCUUCAAACGCUAAUAAAGGCCGUGAAGCAAUGGAAUGGGUAAUACAUAAACUGAAUGCUGAGAUUGAAGAAUUGGCUGCUUCAGCAAGAGGAAGCAUAAGGACACCAAUGGCAGCGGCGGCAUUUGUGGAGAAAUAGUGUUAUUAGUGUAAAAACUUAUAGCUAGGUCUACCAGGGUCUCUCCAAGCUGGUAUAUUUAUUCAUAUUUGUUAUUUAAAAGGCAUAUCUGUAUAUUAGGUAGGUUUGUAAUUGGAGCUUGGAGAGAGGCUGCAAUUUUUGAUUAAAAAUGGAAUGGGCUUCCCAUGGGAUCACUUGGAAUAAAUGUUAGUUGAAAAAUAACAUCUAAUGUUGCGAGGUCCAGUAAUUAUAUGACCCUUUGGCAAUACCUUAAAAAUAUAACUUGAAACUGAUUUUGGCAUGCAGAAUUCCGCAUAGUGGAAUGUUAUGGCAUUUGAUUCAUUAAACCCUGCCUGGUUUUGGACCAACUCUAAAGUAAAGAUCACCUCCUUUUAUAACUCGGAUUGCCUUGUUGCAUUUGGUUUGAGCUGUUUGUGUGAUGGUAGCUUUUUUUUAAUAGACGGAACGUGUUAUUUGAAAUCUGAAAUGAAAAGGUAUUUAUUCGUGCAAAGAAUUUUGCUGUGAUAAACACCAUACUUUUUUAUGGUGGAUUUGAUUUGGUUGCAAGCCCUAAAAUGGUACUCUAGGGUUAAACACUAUGCUUAAAGCAGUAUAAUGGCUCAUACUUAAAUGACAUUUUAUUGUAAAACAGUCUACUGUACUGUUUGCCAAAGUAUAAUUUGAACUGAUACUUUCUUUUUGGGAUUAGCAUUUCCAAAGAGCUUUAUAUUUUAGAAUUCACAAAUUGGGGCUGGAUAAGUUAAUGUUAAAAUUUUGGAGAGAAACCUUGGAAGCAAAGCAAUUCUCUGAACUGGUAGCACUAUAUAAAGUUAUAAACCAAGACAAUGGUGCAUAUUUUAAAACUUUUUUUUAUUGCAAAGUUUAUACAAAAAAGUGCCACGUGACUAAAUUGUGGUUCCGAAACGAUAUCUCUAGCAUGACUUCUCAAACUAAUCGAGCGUAUUUUAAAUCAAGAGUAACACUUAAGUACUUGCAACAUCGUUUUAUUUAAGUAAUUGCCCUCAAACAAGUUUCUAUUUUCAUGAAGAUGCUUGGAUUUUUGACUGAAAUUGUGUCAUGCUGUGACACAUGCUGUGACAUGGUGUGAUUUUUGGUACUUAGCUCUCUCUAACUUUUGAUGCCAACUACAAAGGGAUGUUGCACUUCAGCUUUUAUUAGUGGGAAAUCCUGAUUUCUGGGGCCAGGUGGCCAGUGGAAUUGGGAAAAUCUAAUCCUAUAAAUACUAUAUUUAAUUUUUUUAAGGCAGGUAAAUAUUACCUGUUUAAAAAGUAUUUUCUGAUACUUGAUUUUUUUUAUAUUGAAGUUGUGUAUUGAGUGUUAAAAGGCAACUAGAUUUUUGUCUUGUUAACCUUAAUAUGUGAUAAUACCAUCUUCAGAAAUGGUUUCUGUUCAAGUAGUUUGUGUACGUAUAAAGCAAAAAUGGAAGUUUGCCAAACUAAAAAUUAGUAUUUUUUCUACUUUAAAAACAUUUUUGUUUGGUCUGGGAUUUUAGUACAUUUGUAAAAAGCAACUCAUAUCCGUUAAAAUUAUUGAAAUUUUUUUUGUAACCUCGAGAUUGUUUUUACAAAAUUAACGUUUCAGCUAAACCAAACGGUAAAUGUUAACACUUGAAAAAUAUUUGCCUCUGAAUAAUUUCUGUCAUUUGCGCUUGUUGGGAAAAAGGUACAAUGCUCAAACUGAUGAUAAAAUAUUUCUGAACUGUG